AGGUAUUUCUUUGUGCUUUUCACAUCAGGUGAUAAAAGGUGAAAAUAUACACUACGAGUGUUAUCAAAUAAUCCUCCUUCUACGUAAAAAGAGAAGAACUUCAAUAUCAUAUCCGUUUUAUUCAAUCAUCUACUAAGUUGAAUCACAUUUGAACAUCAUCCAUUACAUUGAACUGAAGUACAUAAUUGUCAUUCAAUUUCCACCAGAACAAGACCAAAAAAAUGGGAAAGUCAAAAGAAACUAUCAAUACCGGUAGCAUCGUCCCGGAGAAGACGUCACCGAUCGAUACCAGUGAGUGGCCACUGUUGCUGAGAAACUAUUCCAAGCUCAAUGUGCGCACGGGUCACUACACUCCGUUGCCGUUCGGCUGCUCGCCGUUGGCUCGACCGAUGGAUGAAUACCUCAGGUAUAGAGAUCUCUAUUUGCAAGCGCAAAAUACAUUUUUUGUAGACGAGUCGUGUCACUCUACAACUAUACAAUGUAGUUAUUUUUUCUGCAUCAGGAUGAUGCGUCCUUAGAAGGCGUUAUGUUGAUUACUUAGUCACCGACUGGACCUCUUCUACUAGGUAGCCGCAUACUGAAGAUCUUCAAAGUUAAAAAUCUAAUGAAAACUUCAAAAAUCUAAUCAAACUCCCCGCAAUUGAACAGAUAUGGAGUCCUCAACCUCGAUAAGCCGGUGAACCCGAGUUCGCACGAAGUCGUCUCCUGGAUUAAAAAGAUCAUGGGGUGCGAAAAAACCGGUCAUUCUGGUACUCUCGAUCCUAAGGUGUCUGGUUGUCUUCUCGUCUGCCUCAAUCGCGCUACCCGACUUGUGAAGGCCCAGCAGACCGCUGGUAAGGAGUACGUCUGCAUCUGCCGAUUCCACUCUGGAGAAGGCUUGUCCAAGGCGAAAAUCCAACGUGCUCUCGACACCCUCACUGGAGCUUUGUUCCAGCGGCCUCCCGUGAUCGCCGCGGUGAAGCGUCAGUUGCGCAUUCGUACCAUCUACGAGAACAAGAUUUACCACUAUGACGAGAAGCGACACAUGGUCACCUUCAACGUGUCCUGCGAGGCAGGAACGUACAUCCGAACGCUGUGUGUCCACUUGGGCUUGUUGCUAGGCGUCGGAGCGCACAUGCAAGAGUUGCGUCGUGUUCGAUCCGGAGUGUUGGACGAAAACCACCACCUAGUCACCAUGCACGACGUGCUGGAUGCGAUGUACACAUACAACACGCUCAAACAGGAGGCCUAUUUGAGGAGAAUCGUACUAUUGAAGAUUACAACUCGACUUGUUAUACUUUCGUAUUGUUUGUUGAAGAUUACAUUACAACUUGAAUUGAUGUUAUACUUUCUUUUUCUUAUUGUUCUAGGAUUAGAGGAUACAUAAUAAUAGUAUCUGGGUUGGUAGAAACAAAAUUUCAUAUUAUUGUCCUCUCUCUGACCUGUUCUGGAUUGAACAACCGAUGGCGUGAUGGAUCUCCUAAUCAAAAAUAGGUCGCCCCUCUCGAACUGAUCCUGACAAACUAUCCGCGUAUUGUUGUCAAAGACUCUGCUGUCAACGCUAUCUGCUAUGGUGCUAAACUUAUGGUCCCUGGAAUCUUGCGAUUCGAGAACGGCAUCGAACUCGGAAAGGAAGUCGUAAUGAUGACGACAAAGGGUGAAGCGAUCGCAUUGGGUACUUAAGAUUUAUAUAAGUACUGUUUAUGCAAGCAUUUACAUUUACUUUUAUUUGUUCAAAAAAGCCAUGUAGUUAUAAGUUCUCUGACGGUCAUCUUGUUUUAGAAGAUUCAAUGCAUGAAGUUCAAGUGAGUUUGAAGAAGCAACUCUCCUUUCCACAAGUCUACUCUCCUUUCCACAAGUACUCCACACCAUCCCAAACAUAGGUAUCGCCCAAAUGACGACAGCAGUGAUUGCGGCAGUGGAUCAUGGAGCGGCUGCCAUUAUCAAACGCGUCAUCAUGGAACGCGAUACCUACAACCAAAGAUGGGGCUUCGGUCCAAGAGCGCAGGACAAGAAGCAAUUGAUUGCUGAAGGUAUACUUGCUCGAAAACUUCCUGCACCAUUUCUUGACAGAGUCAAUGCGGUUAAUAUUACAAUGCUGAGACCAAGUAUGAACAUGAUGAAGCCAUCAUUUGUAUCAAAGAUGAACAAGAUACGCGACGUCCACGACGUACUUUCCAUCACAUACCUAACCAAAUGAAUAGGUAAACUCGACGCUAAGGGCAAGCCUAAUGCCAAGACCCCAAGAGCAUGGGUGUUGGCCAGUGGAAGAUAUUCCUAUUUGCCGACCCUGAUUGGUGAGGAUGAGGCUGAAGCUGAGCUUCCAGCUAGAAAGGCGACAGAAUCUUCAGCGACAGAAGCAGGAAAGACUGACGAAGUUGCCUCAGUAAAGAGAAAACUUCUAGAGGCUGCGAACAUCAGUGCCGAAACAGCCGAACCAGCUAAGAAGAAGAAAAAGAAAGAUAAGACUGCUGUUGCUGCGUAACUAGCUACUAGUUGUGGAAAACUCAAGUGAAACAUCUGAGAACUAGUUCUACAUCUUGCGACUGGUACUGAAGAAGAGAAGAACAACUAGCUACUAGUAAAAAGUGAUCUUCUUUGACGGAGCAGGAGCAGCAGAGAACAGCUUUCAAUCGCUUUUUGAGGGAUGUGAAAGCGAGUAAAAAGGGUAAAUGAAACGCUUCUACUAAAAGGAAAUGUUUAGUUUCGUACGAUUUCUAUUGUUUACGCAUUAUCUUUCUACGUCUAUUCUCCAUUGGCAUCUUCUAUAUCUGGUGAUUAAAUCGGGUGAAGAAAAAUUUAAAUGACUUUUUUUACGCGCAUCUGGACAAGAAAUGAACUUACAGUUACUAGAAGAGUAGCACUAACUAUUUGUAUUCGGUUUUUUGGUGUUGUAAUGGUUUGAUGAAGGAUCUCUAUCUACUUGCAUGAACGACUGAAAACUAAAGUAGCGGAUAUCGAACAGCGCGGCGCUCAAUGAUAUCAGCAGCUAUACUUGGUUUCAUAAAGACGAGGAGGUGACUGAAUAUAAUGACGAAGAAAUCUAGAAAGGAGACGAGUGAUAUUGAAAUAAUGAUAGAUGUUUCGAUCUGUUGCAUAAGGUGUACCACACGCGGGAGGAGGUCGUGUGUUAGAGUUAAUGAAGUUGGGAAGCUGUUGUAUCCAUUAACUUGCUGAAGGAGGUGAACUCUGCAUUAAUGGAUUCAUGGUCGUAACUUCGUCUGGGAAGGUAGGCGAAUAAGAUGUAAUACGCCAAAUAAAUGAUGGUCUUUAAAAGGUGAAAAUAUGGCUGCCUAAGCGCAGGUUCUAAAGGUGG